UGACUUUGGGGGCGCCUACCAUGAGCUCACCUUUUGAUGCGGUUCUCCUAAUAUGGAUUAACAAGCCGCAAGUGCUACAUAAACUAAUUUUUGGCUCAAAAGUGACACAGCAUGGUGAUAAGCUUAUCAAGAGAAAAAUUUACCCAAAGUUGUCCACAAGUAUAGAGCCAUUUGAUGAGACAAUUGAAAAAGGCAUAGGUCGUAUACUCAUAACUCAAAUUGGUGAGAGUGAAAGCCAAAUUUUUGGUAAAGACUGGUUUAUCUCAAAGCUGCAAUUGAAGCUUAACACUUGGAUUUCUCAAAGAUUAUCGUCUACUCCUAGUUCACUUAAGCUCGUUGAUCUAAAUUUAUAUCAAUUAAUCUAUCGGGAACUCAAGAAAAAAUAUGGGGAUAUGCUCUUACAAAAUUGGGCUGAGAAAACGGAUCCAAUGAAGCAUGUUUUUGAAGAUUUGGCCAUUGCCGCAUAUUUAUUGUGUCUUUGGGAGAAAACUAGCCAACCAAUAAAUUUCAUUGAUAUUGGAUGUGGGAAUGGUCUUCUUGUUUUCAUUUUAACCUCCGAAGGACACAAGGGAAUUGGCAUAGAUAUGCGCAGGCGAAAGUCCUGGGACAACUUUCCAAAUAUUUUUCGGGAGGAAGUAAUUCUUCCAACUUCCUGCUCGGGAUUUGCUGAUGUGAAUUGGCUAAUAGGCAAUCAUAGCGAUGAACUCACCCCAUGGCUUCCUGUUCUUGCAUUGAGAUCCAACAUUAUGUGCAACGUUUUUGUGAUUCCAUGCUGCCCUUUUAGUCUUUAUCAAAAGUAUGACCCAAGCGUUGUUCACUGGAGUUCGAUGUCAAACUCAAUAAAUGCAAAUGGAACCCGUCUUAAAAGCCGAUAUUGGGCUUACCUUGAUUACAUUGAAAACCUUUAUCAUGAAUGCGGCUACCUUACAGAACGAGAUGUGCUUAGAAUACCAUCGACUAAAAAGGUGAGCCUUGUUCAGUUUCCUUAA